GGUGGGUGGGGGCAGUAGUUGCGAGGGAGCAGAGGGCAGUCGUCGCGAUGCACUAGGAGGGUGCUACAGGCAUGCAGCAGCACACCAAGUUUGGGGUCAAACCAGGUUGCAGAAGACGUCAGUGGUCGUGUUUGUUUUGUGAGACUUGCUCGCGUAAUCAAGGCAGGACGGCGACGCUACGGUAGGCUACGCUACCAGCUGAGGGUGGGGGGCUUUUGCAAUGCGCAACGGGCGCCGGGGGGAUCUUGGUGGUGGUGAUGAGGGCGAGCGGGGACCGAGAAAGCGGAGCUAGCACAAGACGGUGGACUGGACAGCGAGCGUGCAGGACAAGAGAGAGAGAGAGAGAGAGACAAGAUGCAAGAUGCAAGACAGCAAAGGGAAUUGGGAAAUCAGUGGACCUGAGGGGGCAGGCCCUGAGAAUUAACCUCUGUCUGCCUUUGCUGACACAAUCCCUGAUAUGUGUGCUGCUGGGGAAAUCCAGCCGUUCGCCGCCGCAGAGUCCAAGCGCACCUUGCAGUCAGUCAGUGCUGCAGACGCAGACCAGAGAGCUGUGCGCCCGAUGGAGCGGCAGGAUGGAUAUUAAAACACUGUCUCGCGCAACACGAGCGUUGGGAGCCCAGCGCCCAGCAGAUCCGGAACGGGCUAGGUCUGGCCGCGAUCUGCAGUCAAAACAUGGUGAAAGGGAAAGCCUAGGGCCAGCACGUGACACAAUUUGCUGUGGUAUUGCGGAGCGAGUGAGCAUUUGCGGCUACGGCACAAAGGAGCGGGCCCAUGCUAGUCGUCUCGACGAGUCGAGAGGCUUGCAGCACCAGUCUGCUUUCAUCCUCCUACGCAGUAAGCGGUCUUCCGAAGCAGAGGAUUUGGUUCCUCUAGUCAGGUUUCAACAAUGCGACAGCAGCCCGCUUUUUUAACUGUCCGCCCUCUCCCUUCCUCCUUGCUGCUUCCCCUGCAUCAGCAGCCUCACGCCCAUGACUGGCCGGUGAUACCUCGACCCGAAAUUGUGUCCUGUAGUCAUUGCAGCCCGCCCGAGUACAACAUGACCAUGAUCCGUUUCUGCCGGGUCGUGCUCUGCGUUGCCACCUUUUUGCCUCUUGUCUUUCUUGCAUUCCACGAGCCCUGGCGACCUCCCGUCCCAUCUCUUUGCCAUGUUUCAGGUACUUCCAAGGUG